GUACAAGCGGGGGUCACGGUCGGCUCUGGGAAGUCAUGACGGGAAUGGAGUUUAUCCUAGAACAUCUUGAAGACUGGAAGGUUCUCUACGAGGAUGAAACUGCUGAUCCGGCUGCGGAAGAAUGGUAUACAACCCAGGGGGAGGAAGCUAGACCGGCCAUGGGUGUGACAUCAACACUUUCGCGGCCACCGACAGUCGGACAAAUCCGGGAGCGACCCUCACGGCAGUCACGGUUACCAUCACGACUUCAAGGAUACGAAAUUACACCAUUGCGCCGCCGUCGCGAAACGACUCUUCCAGCUCGCCCACCCGCCAGCUCACAGUUUAAUGAAGAUGCGCUUCCUGUACAUUCCCGAGAAGACUACCUGCAAGACGAUGCUCGUUCGGUGAGCAAUAUUGCCAGUAUGGAGGGUCAGGAGCGCGCUAGCAUUAAGGCAAGUAUAAACAAUGCUUGGAUUAAGUUAAACGAGUACUAUACUCUCCUCGGACGGUCGCCUCUGUUUGCAGCCUCUGUUGUUCUGAAUCCGGACCUUGGACUCCGGUGGCUGGAGACCAAUUGGACUUCCCCAGAACAGCUACAAUGGCUUCGAGAUGCAAAGGACGGCAUCAAAGUCUAUUUUUGAGCGUUGGUACUCGAAGAAUGACGAUAAUGCCUCUGAGAGUGUCUUUAUCACGCCUUCGUUGACGCCCCGACCUGAACAAAGUAGGUUUGAGCAGUGGAUAAAAAGCCGACAACCUAAGCUCUCGGCAACAGGCAGUGAACUCGAACGGUAUUACAGGCUCGAACCAGAACAGGUAGAUGAUCCCAUUCGUUGGUGGAUCGAUCAUAGCAAUGCUUUCCCACGUUUGAGUAGGUUUGCACUGGAUAUUCUUGCUAUUCCGGCCAUGUCAACCGACUGCGAGAGGGCAUUCAGUCUUGCGAAGCUUACAGUCAGCUCACAGCGACAUUCUCUACUUGGAUCAAGCAUUGAAUCGAUCCAGCUACUGAAGAACUGGGUCAGGGGAGGAUGUAUUACUCUCGGAGGCCUAUGCUCGAGUAACAAGGCCGAUUAGAAUCCGACGGUGGGGUCGUGAGGCCGAGGGAAGCUUCACGUGAGCUACGACAUAUCAGAUAUCAAUCAAUCAAUCAAAUCAGAUCAGAUUCGAAUGGUGAUUUAUCAGUUCAGAUCAGAUUUGGGUCCUAAUCUGAUUUGAUUGAUCUGA